AUGGGUAGACCUGCCGACGACCCUCAGCCCGAGCUGCAGCACAUAUCCACGACCCAAGAUGACCGCCCGUCCUUUGACAAGCACGAUGCGGCCGAUAUUCGCGAAAUCCAGGGCAACGCCAACUAUUACGAAACCAUUACCGCCGCGCCGCUCGAUCCCUGGUCCAAGACGAGCUUUCAGCUAUACUUGAUCUUGCUGGUCGCGGCCCUCAACGCCACGGCUUCUGGGUUUGACGGAUCUAUUUUCAGCUCCAUUAAUGCCAUGCCGCAGUAUCAAAAAUACUUUCACCAUAAUGAGCUUGGCUCUGCUACUGGCAUCAUCUUUAUGAUUUACACCAUUGGCAACAUGAUUGGCUCCCUCUUUACCGGCCCCAUCUGCGAUCGCUUCGGUCGCCGCGCCGGUAUGAUUACCGGCUCCGUCCUCAUCAUGGUGGGCGCCGCCGUCCAGACUGCCGCCCGAUCCGACGCCUACCUCCUCGGCGGCCGUUUCGUCCUCGGCUUUGGUGUUUCCAUUGGCACAUCCUCCGCGCCGACCUAUGCGCUCGAACUCGCACCCCCGCAAUGGCGCGCCCGCGUCGUCGGCUACUACAACACUUUCUUUUACACGGGCGCCAUUCUCGCCACCGGCGUCGCAUACGCCGCCAUAAAAUCCCCCGGCGAAACGGCCUUUCGCCUGCCUCUCGGCCUGCAGCUGAUCCCGCCGCUCUUCAUCUGCGCCGGCGCGCUCCUGGUGCCCGAGUCGCCGCGCUGGCUGACCAUGUGGGGAAAAAAGGACCAAGCCGCCGCCAUCCUGGCAAAGUACCACGGCGGCGGCGACAUGCAGCACCCGAUGGUGCAGCUGGAGCUGCGCGAGUUUGAGGCCGGCAUCGAGCUGCAAAAGAAGAGCGCCACCAGUAUCUGGAACUACUACGGCCUGGUCGACUCGCACAAUGCGCGCUGGCGGUUUGCCAUGAUGGCCUUCAUGUCCGUCUUUGCGCAGCUGAGCGGCAAUUCCGUCCUCACGUACUACCUGCCGUCCAUGUAUAAGCUGCUCGGGGUCAAGACGCCCGAGAGAAAGCUGCUGCUGACGUUUGCCAACACGAUUGUCUCGGGUGCCGGCGCGGUGGCCGGCUCGGCGCUGAAUGACAGUGUCGGGCGCCGCACCAAGCUCUGGGUCGGCAGCAUCGUGCUGGCUGGCCUGUUUGGUGGCGUCACGGGCUUCUCGAGCUACUUUGAAGGCGGCAAGACGGAUGUAAGCUCGACUAUAACCAACGGAGGUAUUGCUUUUAUCUUUCUCUUUGGUUGUGCCUACUCCUUCAUCUACACGCCCCUUACGGCCACCUACUGCGCCGAAGUCUUGUCCACUCCGAUGCGAGCCAAGGGAAUGGGAAUCCACGUCAUUCUGUCAAACUGUGCCAAUCUUUACAAUACCUACGUUACAGCCGUCGCCCUCGAAGCCAUCGACUUUCGCUAUUACUUUGUCUUUGUCGGCCUCAACCUCACCUAUGCCGCCGUGUGGUAUUUUCUCGGCGUCGAGACACGAGGCCGCACGCUAGAGGAAAUGGAUGAGGUCUUUAAUGCGAGAUUCCCGCCUAGAGCAGCCCUGCAAAAGGCCGUCAUGGUCAAGCAAAGCAACGGUCACUUGGCGGAUGCAAGUGCUGUGGCUGGCCAUGGGGAGCGUGCCUAA